AUUCGCUGUCCAUCUUGCAGAUGGCGGAGCCGGGGCGCUGCUAGCAAAUAUUAAUUUUUGUUUCUGAAUAAGAAACAUUUCAAUUGUAGCCUUUCACCUAAGCUAAUAUUUUAUUUUCUAUCAGAUUCUUCUGACAACGUAAAGGUGAUUAAUGCGCUUGUUUUGUACAGUAUUUAUUAAUUUUUUAGCAGAAAGCCCGGUUAGCAUCUUUGUUGAAAGUUUAGGCCUACGACGCCGCCGCACGUCGAUUUUAACAAUAGCUGCCAGAAGCUAGCGUCGUUUCUCUCCAACAACUCCCAGAACUUCUCUCCAAGUAAGAUUAUGGACGAUAAACAGGUUUUCAUCUGUUUUAGUAAGUGAGUCUGUAGGAAUGGUGGUGGACGUGUGAUUUUUGCUACAACUGAAGACAUUUUGGAGCCACAUAAACAAACUGAAGAUCACAAAGGAAGAUGUCUAACGGAGCUGCAGGAAACGGAGGGAUUUCCUGGAUGCAAAUGUGGGUGUUUGAUGAAGAUGUUGGGAUGAAUCAGAGGGAAAUCACCUAUGUUCCAGGACUGUACAAAAUCUUUGAUGAAAUCCUAGAGAAUCCAACACCAUCACCAUCUGGAACAAUGGAAAAGGGAUUCCUGUGGUUGAGCAUAAGGUUGAGAAGAUGUACGUUCCAGCUCUUAUUUUUGGUCAUCUGCUCACCUCCAGUAACUAUGACGAUGAUGAGAAGAAGGUCACAGGUGGAAGGAACGGGUAUGGUGCUAAACUCUGCAACAUCUUCAGUACCAAGUUCACCGUGGAAACUGCCUGCAAAGAGUACAGACACAGUUUCAAACAGACCUGGCAGAACAACAUGACAAAGACCACUGACUCCAAAGUCAAGUUCUUCGAUGGGGAUGACUUCACCUGUGUGACGUUCCAACCAGACCUGUCCAAGUUCAAGAUGGAGAAACUGGACAAGGAUGUUGUAGCACUUCUCACCCGCAGAGUAUAUGAUGUAGCCGGCUCCUGUAAAGGCGUUAAAGUUUCUCUGAAUGGAAAGAAAUUACCUGUCCACGGGUUCCGCAGCUAUGUGGAUUUGUAUGUGAAGGACAAGCUGGAUGAGACGGGUGUCCCUCUGAAGGUGGUUCAUGAAACUGUGAAUGAGCGGUGGGAAGUGUGUCUCACCAUGAGUGAGAAGGGAUUCCAGCAGAUCAGCUUCGUUAACAGCAUUGCCACCACAAAGGGGGGCAGACAUGUUGACUAUGUGGUGGACCAGAUUGUGACCAAACUUAUUGAAGUGGUGAAGAAGAAGAACAAAGCAGGCGUGUCAGUCAAACCCUUCCAGGUGAAGAACCACAUCUGGGUUUUUGUGAAUUCACUGAUAGAGAAUCCAUCGUUCGACUCCCAGACCAAGGAGAACAUGACUCUGCAGAUGAAGAGCUUUGGGUCCAAGUGCGUCCUGUCAGACAAGUUUGUUCGGGCUGCAACCAACUGUGGCAUUGUAGAGAGUAUACUCAACUGGGUGAAGUUCAAAGCUCAGACACAGCUGAACAAGAAGUGCUCGUCUGUCAAACACAGCAAGAUCAAAGGCAUUCCCAAGCUGGAUGAUGCCAACGAUGCAGGUGGCAAACACUCGUCUGAAUGCACUCUGAUCCUCACUGAGGGAGACUCAGCCAAGUCUCUGGCUGUCUCUGGCUUGGGGGUCAUCGGUCGGGAUCGUUACGGGGUCUUCCCCCUGAGAGGAAAGAUCCUGAAUGUGCGAGAAGCAUCACAUAAACAGAUUAUGGAAAAUGCUGAGAUAAACAACAUCAUUAAAAUUGUUGGCCUGCAGUACAAGAAGAGCUAUGACGACGCAGAGUCUCUGAGGAGCCUGCGUUAUGGCAAGAUCAUGAUCAUGACCGAUCAGGAUCAAGAUGGCUCUCACAUCAAAGGUCUGCUCAUCAACUUCUUCCACCACAACUGGCCCUCCCUGCUGAAACACACAUUCCUGGAGCAGUUCAUCACUCCUCUUGUAAAGGCGACCAAGAACAAACAGGAGCUGUCCUUCUACAGCCUUCCAGAGUUUGAGGAGUGGAAGAAACAAACGGAGAAUUUUAAAACCUGGCAUAUAAAAUACUACAAAGGUUUGGGUACGAGCACCAGCAAAGAGGCAAAGGAGUACUUUGCUGACAUGGAGAGGCACCGCAUCACGUUCAAGUAUAACGGUGCUGAGGAUGACGCUGCCAUCACUCUGCAAGCUCUCAUGAUGACAAUUGUCAACUUGGCCCAGAACUUUGUGGGCAGCAACAACGUAAACAUCCUGCAGCCCCUGGGACAGUUUGGUACUCGCAUCAAUGGAGGCAAAGAUGCUGCCAGUCCUCGUUACAUCUUCACCAUGCUGAGUCCUCUUGCCAAGCUGCUGUUCCCUGCAGUGGACUCUAAUCUGCUGAAGUUCCUGUAUGACGACAACCAGAAGGUGGAGCCAGAGUGGUACAUUCCCAUCAUUCCAAUGGUGCUGGUGAACGGUGCUGAGGGCAUCGGGACAGGCUGGGCCUGUAAGAUCCCAAACUACGACCCCAGAGAGAUUGUCAACAACAUCAACAGACUGCUCAACCACCAGGACCCUCUGCCCAUGCUUCCCAAUUACAAGAACUUCAAAGGGGUGAUCCAUGAGCUGGGACACAACCAGUACCUGGUCAGUGGAGAAGUCUCUGUCUUGGAUAAAAACACCGUUGAGAUCACAGAYCUUCCUGUGCGGACCUGGACUCAGGCCUACAAGGAGUCGGUGCUGGAACCCAUGCUGCUGGGCACUGAUAAGACCCCGGCUCUCAUCAACGAUUAUAAAGAGUACCACACUGACACCACAGUCAAGUUUGUGGUGCGCAUGUCUGAGGAGAAGCUGGCCCAAGCAGAGGCAGUGGGCCUCCACAAGGUCUUCAAACUGCAGUCCAGUCUCACCUGCAACUCCAUGGUGCUGUUCGAUCACAUGGGCUGUUUGAAGAGGUACGACUCAGUCCAAGAAAUCCUGAAGGAGUUCUUCGACCUUCGUCUGCACUACUACAAACUGAGGAAGGACUGGCUGCUGGGUAGUCUGGGCUCCGAGGCCGCCAAGCUGUCCAACCAGGCCCGCUUCGUGCUGGAGAAGAUCGAAGGAAAAAUAACAAUAGAGAACAAAUCAAAGCGUGAACUCAUCCGCAUGCUGGUGCAGAAAGGCUUUGAGUCGGAUCCUGUUGCUGCCUGGUCCAAGGCCCAGGAGAAG